AUGGCGGAAUCGGCCGCUCGCGCUGGUGCUACGGCAAGUGGUGGGAGUGGGGGCGGUGGAGGUGGCCGCGCGGGACGUUUCACGAUGGUCGACGGGCUGGCACAGCCGGCCGCCGGAAGUAACCAUCCGCACACCCCGGAGGAGGCCCGGCUGCUGCAGGAGAAGGGAAGCGCUUCCGAGGGCGGCGGUGGUGGCGAGGGGACAGGCAGUACGGCGGUGUUCGUGGGGGACACCGGGAAUGGCUCGAACGGCGGGGCGACCGGUGGCCUGCUCGAUGACGCCGAGAACGGCAACCUGACGCGAAACGACGCCCUGGCCGUGUCGGUGAUCGAUACGGCGGAUGGCGGGGGCGGUGGCGGGGCGAACGGUUCGUCCUACAAGCCGAUCAAAAACCGACGCAAGAACUUCCCACGAGGCAUGUACGAACGUCUGCUGAAGCUGUUCGACGUGUCGAAGAAAUCGGAACGUCCAUUCCUGCUGCUCAUCGUCAUCUGCCUGGUGCUGCUGCUGAUCAUCGUCGUGCUGGCCAUCUGCUGGCCCCGGAUCCCGGCCUACCUGCGCAAGGAGGUCUGCGUCGAGGCGGAGUGUCUCGAGGCGAGCAAACAGAUCCUGACCUGGGCGAAGCCGUCGGUCGCCACCUGCCUGGCGCCGUACGAGUGGGCUUGCGGGCGGUUCGAGGAGCGCUUCCAGGCGCACGCCUUCCGGGACACCAACAAGGGCGAGUGGUCGCCGCGGGCCCACGAGGCGUACCAGCGCACGACGGAGGCGUACGAGUUCAUCAGCAAGCUGCCGACGGCGGCCAUGUCCUACUCGACGCAGCUGAUGAUACACAAGCUGCACACCGGUUGCACCCGGCUGGAGACGGUCAGCAACAGCGAGGCGUACUCGGCGCUCCGCCGUAUAUUCCGCGAUCUCGGUGGCUGGAACAUGAUCGAUGUGGAAAUGAUGAGGAACUGGGACCUGCGGGACUAUCUCCACCUGGUGCAGCCGAAGUACGGUGCGGCACCGUUUUUCAAGCUCGGCAUCGACACCCGCAACCAGCCGCCGUACGACUACAUGAUCACCGUAACCGAGGGCGACCUGGGACUGCCGAGCAAGGAGUUCUACACGCUCGCCGAGAAGCAUCCGAUAAUUCGAGCGUAUCAUACCUUCCUCACUGACACGCUGGCUCAUAUGAUCUCGACGUCGACGGAGAUCGCACAGGACUAUGCGAAGACGAUCUACAACUACGAGAAGCGCAUCGCGCUGGAUGUGAUGGGCGUCGUGCUGAACGAGAGUGGAAACUUUUCACGCCCUCAGAUCCGCACCAUGCACCAGCUGGUGAACGAUGCACCCUCGCUGCCAAUUCUGGAGACGGCGCAGGCACUGUUCAAGAGCAAGAAGAUCACGGAGCACACGGAGGUGAUGGUGUCGAGCCCGGCCGCGCUCAAGGCGAUCUCGCAGAUCAUCACCACCAGCGACAAGGAGGUGCUGAACAAGUUCUUCAUGUGGUCGGUCAUCCGGCACUUCGUGCCGUUCAUGUCGCGCAAGUUCCGCGUCUCGCUGCACCAGUUCGAGCAGGUCCUUUACGGCGCGGUAGAGCGCGAACCGAUGUGGCACUUCUGCACCAACGUCGUCCAGCAGUGGAUGCCGUACGGGCUGGAGGCGCUGCGGGAAAACCCGGCCCUGAUCGUGCACGACCAGCGCAGCUCGAGCGAGCUGAGCGACUACCACCAUCACCAUCCGAGCGCCGGUGUCGCCGAUCCAGCGGCUGGUACUUCCACACUGCACGAUCCGAUCAGCUACGACGACGAGCUGGUGAAGCUGAUCUUCUACCACCUGCGCGAAGAGUACAGGCAGGCGGUGGUCGGGGCGCACUGGCUAAGCGAACCGCUGACGCACUUUCUCACCAACAAGCUGUCCACGCUUCGCCUCCAGAUCGGGAUUCCCCGCGAGCUGCUGCAGACCGAGCGCACGCUCAACGAGUACUACCGGCAGCUCGUGCUGGACGGGCUCCUGUUCGUCGACAGCGUGGUCAACCAGUGGGGCUUCACCAAGACGCAGAUGACGCGCAUGCUGGACAAUCAGACCGAGCCGGAGCGCAUCCUGGCGGAGAUGUUUCCGCCCCGCUCGGCCGCCGACCAUCUGCAGCUGCAGACGCGCCAGCGGCGCAACCAUCUCCACUACCAGACGCCGCUCGCCGACACGCCGGUCAAGUACUCGAUCGCCCUCAACAUGGUCAUCAUUUCCCGCCAGCGCAUACAGGAGCCGUUCUUCCAUCAUCACUACCCGAUCUCGGUCAACUUUGCCCGCCUCGGAGCGGAGAUAGCGCAGGUGCUGCAAUCGGCCAUCCACACGCUCACCGAGCAGUACUGGAACGUGGAGACGAGCGGGCGGGGCGGCACCGUACGCCACGAUAAUGUGUUCAACGGCGAGGCGCAGAAGUGUAUGGCGAGGACGCUCCUGCACACGCCGAACGGUGGUCGUAUUAGCAACGCGACCCGGCUCAACCUGUACCUCGAGCUGUCGGCGGUGAACGUGCUGACGCAAGCCUUCGGCACGCUGCUGGACAAAAUCGACCGCAACGAGCGCAUCUACGAGAGCGACAUCUCGGAGAAGACGACGUACGAGAUGCUCGGGCUGAGUCAACACCGUCGCCUGCCCGGACUGCAGCCGUACGACGAGCGUCAGCUGUUCACGCUCGCCUACUUCCAGCGCCAUUGCUCGGUCGGGUACAACAGCCAUCGUCUGACGAAGCUCCUCACGCAGAACGACAUCCCGGAGAUAGAGAAAUUCGAUCUCCUCUGGCAGCAAAUCACACCGCUAGGUGCCGUGUUCGAGUGUAAACCGGGCGGUUCCGGUGGCGGCGGCCCGGCGGCAGGGUCCGGUGCCUGCAGCAACGUUCUUUGAUUAA